CGCGCGGAACAAAAGCGACCAAAACUCUCCCAACACCAAACAUCUCUGAGACGCAGUUGCUGCCGCCUCGUUUGUCUCAUAUUUCACCCUUGCUUCCCCAUCCCCGCCUCCAGAUUCUCGCUUUUGGGGCCUUUGUUUGGCUGGGGAAGGCGGAGAAGCGGCCAGAGUGGGUCAAAUAGUUAUGACGUGAUAGGCAGAGAUCACUAGCCGCCAAGAUGAUAUACGUGUUUCUUGUUGACAACGGCACCAUGAAGACCUUCGACAUGAACCUGGCAUUGGAGAACGUGUCGGUGCUGAAGGAGGAGGUGCACCGUACGUUGAAGGUUCCGCCAGAAAAACAGGUCCUGCUCAUCUCUGGUGGUGAAGCACUCGACCCCGACCAGCGGGUGUGCCAAUACUCGGCUGGCACCGACACCAACCCCAUCUUCCUCUUCUCUAAAACUACCAUCGAGAAGCAAAACCCACCCGUGCCCUGCGUCGACUACUGCACAGAUACUGACCUAAAGGACCAGGUGGAGGGAACGCUGAACAUGCCCGCUAGCUACAACACCGUCGUGGCCCGAGCACAGUUGGCACAGCAGUUCCACGAACAGUCUCGGGAAGAGAUCCGCGCCAGCCAGCAGCUGGUGCACGACCAGCACCUCCAGCAGCAGGGAUGGGCGGCUGUCGUGGCAAAUCUUGAGGACAUUGUUGCGGAUUUCAGGAACAGAUUUGAGAAUUUUUAUCAGAGUUUCAAGGAGUACUUGACAGGAAGAGAAGAGAAGUUUCAGAUACUUAACAAUUUUGAUAACGAUCUCAAACUACUAUCAAGAAUACCUGUGCUUCCGGCUCUUCUGGGGACAAACGAUACUUCGGUGGCAGGAAAAAUGGAAGAAACGGAAGUAAACACAAAUGAUGACGGAGAGAAAGUUGACCUCGCUGUGAAGCCACCAAUGAGCCUGCUUGAAUGGAUCAGUGCCAAAGACAGCCAAAGCAACGUAGAAGUGAUUGCGAAGCUCUGUUUUCGAGGCCUCACGCAGAUCAAUGAACCAAUGUUGAUUCAGUUGGAAGCUGAGGUAUCGGCAGCUAUUCAGGAAGCAGACCGCUCACAGAUGAAGGAGAUUAAGGGCCUCGGCGAACGGCUCUUUGGCCUCGAACAGCUGAUGCACGAGUCCAACAAGAUCGUCCAGGAACAAAACAUCAUUGCCGAGGCACUACUACAGAACCAAAAUCGUGCAGGGAAAGUGAAUGACCCGUCUAUCUUCCCGGACCUGUGUACCUCUCACCGCAAGAACCUGAGUCACAUGCUCAAAAAUCACCUCCGGGUUCAAGAGAUCAGAAAAAGAUGCAGUAAAGCCAAGGAUGAACUUUCCGAGAAUUUGCACGUCAGGUUAAAGUGGAUCAUGUACAUAGAGAGGAAGCUGUAUGAACUGGACAGCAAGCUGACUAUGCACACUGAGAACGUUCGCCGCCUCACGGGGCUGCUGCAGGUGGUGGAGCAGAUUCACCGAGCUCCUCAGGUUUACGUCGAAGCCAUCACCGAGGUCGCACGUCGACAUACCUUCUCUCAGUCUUUUGUUCAGUGGGCGACAAUAUUGAGCAAGGAGAGUUGGGAAGUGUGGCAACAGGAGUUGACGACCAGGCAGCAGUUCAUCCAGCACUUCUCGUCGCACUUCCUCGCCAUUCUCUUCCCUGGUAUGGACGACCUCCCGCCCGACUUCGCCACCCAGCCACCCAACAAAUUCGAUGACACUCUGCCCAAGCUGACAAAAGAGAACAUUGACGAGCUACGAGCAAUACUGCCAGAGCUCGCGUCCAUGCUGGUGGUCAAAGAAGUCAUGGCUGUUCCACCAUUGUUGCAGAGUGCACUACAAUCCCAGGUUACAACCAUUCAAACUCCCAGGGUGAGCGAGAUGCACUUGAAGGAAGGAAGUGGGGAUGUGUACGCCUCGGCUGUCACUACAACCACUUCGGUCACUCCCCGCAACACACCCGACCGAGACACCAUUGCUAGAGGCCAGCAGUUGCAACCGCCUUCACUCACAAGGGAGCACCACGAGUCUGAAACAGACACUGAAGAGUUUGAGAAGGUGGUCUGCAGCGAAGGCAGUGAUGGUGCGUUCUCUCCCAUGGAGGUGAUGCCCGAGAGCAGUAGAGGGACGAUGAAGACGAAACAUCACUUCUCCUCGCAGGUCAACGAGUCUAAGCACAUAAAGCUGGAUGGUGGCCACGGUCCCACUUCUUCCCCCAACAUUACAGACCCCGAGGAGCUGAGGCAGGGGAGCGUAGCCUCGGCGUCCCCCCAAGAACCCCUGCACAGUCCCGAGUCAGUGCUCACGUCCCAGGAGUUUGUCACCGCCGAAUUCUACAUUGACGAGUCGAUGCCCUCCAGCUACACCGAGAGCGGCGGCACGGCGAACUCCAGCUCGAGGCAUCCCCCUUCCCUGGUGAAGACGCACCACGUCAUCACCGCCGAGCUGCAGCAGCAGCUGGAGGAGAGGGAUGCAAUCAUCACCACACUACAGAGCGAUCUGAGCGAAGCCAAGGAAGAAGCGGAGAGACUACGUCUACGGCUCUGUGCAUUGGCAUCUCUGAGUUGUCAGGACGAAGUGCUGAGCCUCAAGACUGAACUGGCAUCUCUGCGGGGAAAGGUUCAUGACGAAGGGAAGUCGUACCUCAACUAUAUCUCCGAACUCUCGUCUCGAAUCUUGGACCUCCUGCUACAGAUUCAGGUACAAACAUCAGCCGAUCAAAGUGCUGCAGUGAGCGAGGCCGUGAAGUUGGCUCGCGCAGAUGAAGAGAGGCUUCAGGAACAGUUGCGGGGAACACUAGACCUGCAGGCCCACAAGCUGAACGAUGCCCAGCGUGAGAUUGAGGUGUACCAGGAGCAGCUUCAUCGUCAGCAAGAGAACUUGCAGCAAACGACUGUGGAGUUUGAGGAGGCAAAAAGAAUGUUGAUAGAGGAGAAAGUGGAGGCUGUGAAGCGGCUGACCCUGGAGCACGAGCUGGAAAUGGAUUCCCUGAAGGAGCGUUGGAGAGGCGACGACACAUCUCGGCAGGAGGAGAUCACGUCACUUACUCAGAAAUUACACGACCUGGAAGAAGCUCUGGAGGACGCCAAGCAGGAGCGCAGUGAGCUGGAGAAGAGCUUCCAGAGCCGCUUUGAGAUGCACAUCCAGGAGGAGAAAGAUAAGAUAGUGCAGAUCUUGGAGGUGAGCUUCACCGAGAGGGAGAAGAAGGCACUCGAGACAUUGCGAGAACAGCUGGUUCAGGAGCACCAGCUUCAGGUUAACAGACUGCUAAAGGAGAAAGAGGAGGCCAUCCAGGCAGCGUGCGAGGAGGUCCGCACCAAACUGGUGGUGGAGUGGCGGGAGGUGGUGGAGCAGCAGCACAAGGACCUCACCGAGAAGCACAACACCCAUCUCGCUCAAUGCCAACACCAGUGGGAGCAGGACAAGCAGGCGGAACUGGCCACCAAGGUGGCCGAGAUUGAUAGUCGUUGGAGAGAAGAACGGGACUCCAAUGUGGAGCGUGUUCGUCAACAGUACAAGAUGGAGCUGGAGGGCCUGCGCUCACGGUUCAGGAUGAUGACGACAGCCAGCAUGGACAAGUCUCCCUCAGAAACAUCACUAGAAAAGUUUGAGCGAGGCGAGUUCUUGGACUUGGGGGCCCAUGAGGCGGCACUGGCCAGACUGCGGGAGGAACUGAUAAAGGAGAAGGAGGCGGCCUUGGAGGCUACGCAGUUGAGUCUCCAGGAACAGUUUGCUCAAGCACAGGAGGAGGCGAUGCAGAAGCACCAGGAGAUGAGGAAGGAGGAGAGACGGAGAAUAGAAGCCGAAAAGCAGAUUGUGUUCAAUGAUGCCAUAAAGUCGGUGACCCAAGACAAGGAGAGAGUGAUUGAAGACUUGCGGUUGAGAGUGGAGCUCCUCACCGAUGAAACCGAGAAGUUGCGGAGAUUGAUGCACCACGCAGCCACCGAGUCUUCCGACCAGCUUAUAACCGCCCUGGCCAGGGAGAAUGAAGUGUACAAGGAGCGAUGUGAGAUGCUGCAAAAGGACAUCAUUCGUCUUGAAGGAGAGGUCCUGCGUGCAAAACGUCUGAGCUUCGUGGUAGCCACGGAACGGCCGACUGACCUCUCCAUGUCUUUCACGGAUGCCGGUGCCACCUUAACAACGCCACUGGGUUCCCUGAGUGCGAAUGAGGACGUGAGAAAGUUGCAACAGGAGAACCAGGAACUCAGAGACAAACUAACCCGAAGUGCGACAUCUCUGGUAGAACGUGGUAAGAUCAGCGUGCACUCGUGCCAGGCAGGCGAGGCAGUGUUGCUGGUGUGGGACGAGCACCACCUUCACUACAGAGUCCUUCUCGAGGGUAACCCCUACCUCCACUUCCUCCACAUCGACUCCUACGGCCCUCUCA